CAUCAUGCAGCCAUCCGAUUUUUCUUUCUUGUUUUACCGUAUACUACAGCACAAGGAUAAAUUCCUACAGACCGACCUCAUAUGCAUUGCAUGGUGAGCCCUUCCACAUAUACACACAUGCAUGUAGUGGCAGUAGCUAGGCGAGCUAGUUUUUUUUUUAUAUAGAUAUCCAGCCGUAGUGCUCUCACAUCGAUCGCUCGCACUCGCACUCGCACUCGCACUGACCUGACGCUACGCUGCCUACAAUCUAUCUACCUCUACCCUCCCUCAUCACUUGUUCCACUACGACCGGCCACCUCGCCGCGCGCGCAAGCCUGCGUCACCACCCACCGUGCAGCACGACAGCCAGCAAUGGCCGCCGCCCACUGAGGCAGAGUCGCAGUGACGGCACGGGACGCACACCCACGGGCGCUGGCGGCAUGCCGGGCGACGCCUACGACCUCCUGUGCGCCGAGGACGACGCCGCCGGCAGCGCCCUGCUGUGCACCACCGACGACGACGACGGGUGCUGCUCCGCUGUCGAGGACGACUCGGCGGCGGCGGCGGCGGCAUCCAUCGCCGAGCUCAUCGGCGGCGAGGCCCAGUACUCGCCCAGGCCGGACUACCCCGACAGGCUCCGCUCCAGGUCCAUCGACCCGGCCGCCCGCGCCGAGUCGGUCGCAUGGAUUCUCAAGGUGCAAGAAUACUAUGGGUUUCUUCCAUUGACAGCCUACCUCGCCGUCAACUACAUGGACCGGUUCCUCUCUCUCCACCGUUUGCCGGAGGACGGGUGGGCGAUGCAGCUGCUGGCCGUGACCUGCCUCUCCCUCGCUGCCAAGAUGGAGGAGACCCUCGUGCCCUCCCUCCUGGACCUGCAGGUCGAGGGAACCAGCAGGUACGACUGCUUCGAGCCUGGGACGGUCGGCCAGAUGGAGCUCCUCGUCCUGAUGGCGCUCAACUGGCGGCUGCGCUCGGUUACUCCCUUCACCUUCGUCGACUUCUUCGCGUGCAAGGUCGACCCAGGAGGGAGGCACACCAGGUGCCUCAUUGCCCGGGCCACGCAAGUGAUUCUGGCUGCGAUGCAUGACGUCGAGUUCUUGGACCACUGCCCGUCAUCAAUGGCGGCAGCGGCCGUGCUCUGCGCCAUCGGUGAGACGCCGUCGCUGGAGUCGGUCAGCCCUGGGGCUGCCGUCAGCUGGUGCAUCGGCCUUGCAGAGGAAGGGAUCAGCAGCUGCUACAGACUGAUGCAGCGGCUGGUGAUAGGCAACGUCCGGACAAGGGUCGCCAGCACGACGACCAUUACCAUGGCAGCAGUGAACCUGUGCUGCUCGGAUGAGGCGCUGUCCUCGCAUUCCUCUGCCACCUCCUCGCCACCCCCGGCCAAGAGGAGGAAGAGGUCGCCAACGGCCACGUGAAAACUGAAGAACGCAAGUAGAUAGGAUUAUUUAUACGCUUUUUGGGGGGGCAGAUUAACAGGGUUUGAUCGAUUUCUUUGCAGUUUGUUUGUCGUUUUUUCUUCUUUGUGAUUCUUUCUCCUUUUUUUCCCCCUUUUGCCAUUUAUUUGUUCUGUUCUUUUGGGUUGGAUCUCUACUCCUCGGUGGGGGGAUUCUGCCUGCCUGCUCGACCGGCCCAGUCAUCAUGGUGGCCUCUGGCCUCUGCAACGCGCGCCAGCCAGUAUGUGAAGGCGACGAGACUCGAGAGAGAGAGAAAGAAAGACAGCUACUACGUAUAACAGACACAUCUGUGUUUCUCUGUGCAACACUCUGUGGGGCUUCUUCAACCCCGACGCAGAGCUGCAGAGAGGGACCAUUGAUUGGUGAGCGAGGGCAGCCAUGGCGGCAGAUGGAGAUGGAGAGGGUGGGGGAAAGAGGCAAUGAGUUGCGGUGGAUGGAUGAUGAUUGGUAGGGUUAAAUGAGGUGGUCAAAGGGCCGGGCGGUCAGUGCUCCUGCCAAGAUGCAGCCCUGCCUGCAAAGUUUCUGUUCAUAUUCAUGAGGGCAAAAAUUGUUUGUUUCCGAGUGGUUUGUUUGUAUUUUGUUGAUGCCGCUGAGGCGAGGGCGUCAGAGAGAGAGAAAGAGAGAGAGAGAAAGAGGGGCAUGCUUUGCUUUGCUGUGAUGGGAGUCACAUGGAUAUGCCCUACUGUGGUGGUGCUCUGGAGGGAAAUAUUUGUCCAUCUCCAGAGCUAACAGUGUCCAAGCAUGGGGCUUUUGGGGGCCCUUGCUGAUUGUUUGUAUCUCUUUUUUCUUGCUUGUGUAUCAAUGAAGAUUUUGCCAUUUGAAUUGGCCUGAGAAGAGAGUACAAGCUGAAGAGAGAGUUUCUGUGUUUUGCCUGCUGCUGGAUUAUAUGUUUGUACCUCUUCCUUCUUGUUUAUGUAUCAAUAAAGAUUUUGCCAUUUGAAUUGGCUUGAGAAGAGAGUAAAAAAGAGAAAAUUGGUGUUUUUA